AUGUCUGCUAAUUUGGAAAUGCCGGUCUUGAUCGUCGGAGCCGGGCCUGCAGGACUCAUUGCCGCGCUCACCCUGCGCAAGAAUGGCAUACCAGUGCGAAUAAUCGAGAAAGAGCUGAGAGUGAACGUCGGGCAGCGCGGGGCAGCACUCAUGCCUCGUUCGCAAGAAAUAUUCAAGAUAUUGGGUAUACUGGAUGAUAUACACGCGCACUCCAUACCAAUGCACCCUAUGCGAGUGUACAAGCUUCCGGAGGGUGAUGAAGCCAUCGCCACUUUUCCACUAGAACCGAUUGUAGAGCCGACACCCUACAAGCCGUAUGGAAAUACAUCCUUGCUGGGACAGAACCAGACGCAAGCGAUCAUGCGGAGCCACCUCGAACGCCUUGGUUGCGAAGUCGAAUCGGGCGUAGCUCUGUGUAGCUUCCAGACAGAAGUCGAUCACGUCGUCGCAUAUGUCCUGAGACAGGACGGGGACCGAGAAGUAAUCGAGACUAUCAAGUGUCGCUGGCUGAUUGGCGCAGAUGGAGCAAAAGGCAUUGUCCGGAAGCAGCUGGGUCUCACCUUCGAUGGGGAAACCUUAGGAGCUACCCAUCGCAUGGUCAUCGGCGACGUACAAAUCAAGGGACUCGACGCAGAUCACUGGCAUUCUUGGGGAGACAUGCAUACUACUUUGAUCUUGCUUCGCCCGACAGAAGACCCUCAUAUCCACGCCAUGUUCGUGGGCGGCCACGUCGACCACGCGAAGAUUGUCGCGGAACCAGCCGAACUGCAAAGGGUCCUCAGAGUCGGUACCGGCCGCACAGACAUUGAGCUAGAGGCAGUCCAUGUUAUCGCGGACUACAGGCCUCAUGUCCGCAUGGCCGAGACGUUCCGCAAAGGCCUGGUCUUCGUCGUCGGUGAUGCGGCUCAUGUUCACAGUCCAUUUGGCGGACAAGGCCUCAACUCGAGUAUUCAGGAUGCGGUGAACCUCGGCUGGAAACUCGCCUUGGUUGCGAAGGGCAUCGCAGCUCCCUCCCUACUAGACUCCUACACCGACGAGCGCCUCCCAGUAAUCGCCGAAUUGCUCAGGAAGUCCACCGAGCUCUUUGACAUGGCUGUAGAUGCCAAAGGCGACGGCGUGGAUACCGAGAAGGCAUGGAAGCGUGGCGGCGACCUGCACAUGUUCGGCGUCAACUACCGCUGGAGCCCCAUCGUACUCGACGAGCGCACGCCCAAGGAGGGAACACCCGUUGACCCGUACGGCGUGCUGCAGUCCCUCACGGAUGUCGUGCGGGCGGGAGAGCGUGCUCCUGAGGCAACGGGCCUUGUUUUUACGGCGGGAGACGCGGACGGCGUUCAGACGACCUCGUUGUUCGACAUAUUCCAGCCGUCGUAUCAUACUGUACUCAUCUUCAGCGAUGGGACCGACAAGCCUCUGCAGAUCGUGUCGGCUCUGCAGCAAUACCCAUCGGAGCUCCUGUGCAAGGUGCUCAUCCACAGCGAUGGCGCAGCUUCCCUGCCGAUUCUCGAUGGUACCGACAUGACGCUCGUGGAUCGCGAUGGACACGCACAUGAGGGCUACCAAGUGCAGAAGAACGAGUGCAUGAUUGUCAUUAUUCGACCUGAUGGUUAUAUCGGCGGGAUAGCUAGCGGGACGGAGUGGGCGAGGCGGUACUUCGACGCUGUCUUUAGUGCAUCUGUACAUGCCUAG